AUUUGACCCAUCUAAAGCACACCCAGAAGGCUGGGAAGUCCCGCUAAUGACAGGAGGUGGGUGUGUUUUGCUGCCAGGGUCACACCUGCCGGGCGGUGCCUCGACAGGGGGUGUCACCCAAGAGCAAGUCGGCAUCAUUAAGUCGGCAUCUCCGGGCGAUGGAGGCUGCUGCUGCUGCAACAUGGCUCCACUUUUACACUCCGGGCUUCUAUCGUCCACUUGAGGACUUUUCACGGAGUUGACUCGCCCCCCCCCCCCCACCCUCCCCCUGCCGGAAGUUUACUUUUUAAAGAUUAACUCGUUAUGGCUCUGUCCCAGAUUCAGUGUCUGGACGACAACCACGUCAACCCGCGGACUAAUGAAUCCAAACCGGACUUCUUGUACAGCGAGGACCAGAGGCUGGCCCUGGAGGCUCUGCUCCGGGAAGGUCGCCAGUCGUUCGUCAAGUUCCUGGAGGAGCGCCACAUGCGGGGCUUCCUCUCGGACCUGGAGCAGGAGACCCUGACGGGGACGCUGGAGCCCUACGACCCCGGCUCGGAGCUUUUCCCGGAGGACGCCGAGGAGAACCAACCCCCGCUGUCGCUGCACUACUGGCCGGACUUAUCUGACCUGUCCGUCCCGCAGAUGGACCUGGGAUGGCCGCACACCGAAGCCUACCGCGGCGUGACGCGCACCUCCGUGUACACGCAGCCCCCCCUGGAGGGGCAGACCCACAUCAAGGAGAUUGUCAGGAAAAUGAUCGCGCAGGCGCAGAAGGUCAUUGCAGUGGUGAUGGAUGUCUUCACCGAUGUUGACAUCUUUAGAGAUUUGAUCGAUGCUGGUUACAAGAGGAAGGUUUCCAUUUAUAUCCUGGUGGAAAGCACGACGUUACCUCAUUUCCUGUCCAUGUGUCACAGGGCCAACAUGCACGCCGGACACCUCAAGCACCUUCGGGUACGAUGCACAGAGGGGUCGGAGUUCUACACUCGGUCCUGCACCAAGGUCAGAGGUCGCCUGGGCCACAGAUUCAUGUUCAUCGAUGGAGACAAAGCUGUAUCCGGGUCAUUCAGUUUCACCUGGAUGUCCUCACGACUGGACAAAAAUCUGGUCACCGUGGUUACAGGCCAGGCGGUGGAGGCCUUCGAUCAUCUGUUUCGCCAUCUUUACACGACCUCCAGAUUCGUAGAUCUCCGACAAGUCAGCAUAAACCCUGAACCGGAGCCCGAGCCGGUCCAGCAGCCGGUCCCCGUAGUCCUUCCUUCCACGACUCUCGCACGGAAAUUGUACAACCCAAAGUACGCUUUACUGAUUGGAGAUAAUGCAAGCACUCCACCCCCCGCAGCUGAAAAUAGCCCCAAAGAGUCGCAGACGCCGGAGGUCCCAGAUAGCAAAAAGAGGCGACGAGGAAGGGGGAGUCCAGAACCCGCAGAAGAGCUCAUCCAUCCGGGACUUGUUAAUUUAGAGAAGGCUUGCUUGAUCUCCUACCUGCCGACGUGGCCAGAACCCGACCCCCCAAGCGAUGUCAUCGGGUUCAUAAACAUCAUGGAUACCAGCAAACCGACUCAGGUGCAUCUGCAGCGCUCCGAGAGGUUUGAAACCAGUCAAGCCAUCCGGUUCAGCAGUCCUUUCAGCAUGCCUAAGGAAAUCCUGCCUGAGGUCGCAAGGCCAAGGGAGUCCACUUUCAGGACAGAGAAGACAAAUCCUCCAAUCAAAGCUGAAGAACCUGUACAUGAUCCCCCCGGUACCAAAGCCGAGAACCUGCAAAUAGGAUCAUUUCCAUCUGGCGCAUUAACUCGUCAAGGUGACGGUCAGCCCAGGACAAACACAACCUCCCAAUCUAGCAACCAUGAACACACCAAACACACUGCCAAGUACAGGACGUACGGAGUGGAAUCAAACAAGACAGAAGUCAGUCAAUCGGAAAACCGGGACGAUUCAAACCCAGCAGCAGACCACAAACAAACUAAAACAGCUACGACGCUCAGGCAGGCUGAUCGUACCGAACAAGGUAGCACCUCUUCAACUAAUAAUCCUCACUCUGCAUCUGUCAGUUCCACAUCCUUCUCUGAUAAUAAUCCCAUUCCCGCAACGACCAGUAUGGCUGCCGAUGCUCCUUUGUCAGUAAACAGCUCCUCCUUUGCGCGCCCUACCCUUACCUCCCGCUUUGAAACCGUCCAAUCCCACUUAUCCUCGUCCUCAAGCUCAAAUACCCAAAACCCGGCACCUCGCACUGUCCAUUCGGUUACCAAAAAUGGCGACACCAGCAAUGGCCCCAGCAUGGUCAACACGAGUACUCCUAAGAGGCCUGACAGCCUGACCACCAAGAAACCAGACGGCUCCAAGUCCAGUGAAGAAAGCCAGCAACAGAUAGCUGGAAUGUGGGAAAAAAGCAACAGAGAUAUCGGAAUACUAAAAUAUGACAACAAGCCGGAUAAAGAAGCAGUUGGACGACCUGAUGGAAAGGCAGGAACCUCACAUGUUUCUGAUGAGGUCAACACUACAGACCACGAUGGAGAUACAAAGCCACGGGCAGACCAUGGAGCCGCAGGAGAGACUAGCAGAGCUCCAGCAAAACCCAUCCCUGGUUCCAAGUCUGCAAACAUCCAGAAUGAAAACCACUCUGAGAAUAAAAGCUACCAUGUCAAGGAGAACAAACCUCAAAGGAUAUCUUAUUCUGAAAGACCUACGUUGAGUAUGUGGGAGAGGAUUCAGGCACAAACCCUUGAGCCAUCCAGCACGGAUGACACACCACCAAAGCUUCCUGAUGAUGUUUCAAAUCCAGAAAAGAACAUCAUCAGAAGAGCCUCCCAGGAACCAUCACUCCCUGUUGCACCUGAGGAACCACCAAACUUGCAUCUGCCAGACAUCCCAUCAUUGGAAAGAGAACCGCGGUCAACUCUGGAGUCACCUACAAAGACUCAAGACUUCCGAAACUCUACGUCGGAUAUGAGUGACGGCUAUCUGUCAUCCAAUCGAUCCACGACGUCUGAGGAGUAUUACGAAUGUAGUGGCUCUCCAAAGCAGGAAAGAGUGUUUGAUUCCGAUAACACGCAUGCAAAUACUCCUCAGGCCGCUAACACCAGUCCGUUGGUUGUGGACUACAGUCCUUAUGCUGCUUUGUUUGGCACCAAAGACAAGAAUACGACGAGUCAUGAAACUCUUGAUAAGAACGUGAAAAUGAAGGACAAGGACGUGACAAAUAAAGACAUGGCUAUCAAAAAGAUGGACGGAAAGGGUGAGAAACUGAGGUCAGAACGGGAUUCCAAAGGAAAAGAGAAGAGGAAUGGCGAAGAGUCGAAGACAGCAGGGGUACCGAUGACUGUUGCCAAAGGGAAGGACGCCCAAGCUCAAACUCCCGUGAGAAAGCGGGCGUUGAACCCGUCAACCACGGAGACACCAGUACACAAAGUAUUGUCAAGAGCUCAGAGGGCGGGACCCAGCGACGGUUCAGGCCGACAGGUUGAUGGUCCGAAGCAGCCGAAAUCCACGUCCAAGUCUUCUCGUCCCGCCUCGGCCACCCAAGGAGAGAGGAAAGUGUUCCACAAUACUUCACAGGUCUUGGAGUAUUUAGCGUCUUUUCGCAAGACAUCGUUGGGACGACCGCCUUCAUAGUUGCAUCACAUCACAAACAUCUACCUGUAAAAGCCUGAACUUGCCUCAAUUCACAGCGUGCUAAAAAAAAAAAAAAAGCUAGUCAAGGCACAGCAAAAAACACGGACAAGACCAAAGUUCCGUUUGUUGUCAUCCUUGGCUGGUUGGACAACCGUCAAAUGUUGACGUACAAAACAAGCUAGUUAUGGAAUCACUGGGAACUGAUAUUUUCACACCGCAAGUCUCAGUUGAGGGACCCCUCCCUAAAGACCAACAGCUCCACCCCUGGUGACCACCGAGUAGGUUUAGGAGAUUAGAGGAGAUGAGUCUGUGGCUGUUCCCAUGCUCGUACCGUCUCACGGGUUCAUCAAGACAGGACAGUGAAGAUGCCACGCCUAAGAGUCUCUUUCAAUGAUGCCAAAACCAAAGUUCAUUGUACUGAGCACAAUUAGCCAAGAAGGGGAGUUACCUAGCUGCUUCCAUCUGGGCAACACCCUCUUGGGAGGUAUGGGAACUGGAGUUGAACAUGUGUCAGGUGAAAACUGUAUUUGGGUAUGGGUGAUAGUAUCCGUUGGGUUUAGUUAGACACUUUAGUUGCUGUUGUAUCCCAGGCCGUGUUCGCAAUUGUGGUCUAGUACUCCGGUCCGGACCAAAGUAAGACAAAGCUACCUGUUGACUGAGAGAUGCAGAUUUAUAAAACUCGGCAAAAAGUUACAGUCUGACUGGAGCGUCUUUGUGGUCAAAUGUAAAGAUGCUGAGUCAUCUAUAAGGCUGGACGUUCUGGUCCGCUUGCUUGUGUGCCACAGGGUUUGGAUGAUACAGCUGACCUUGGAUGAAACAAACCGCAUUCCGGUCAUCCCUCGCCACUUGGCGCUUGGAAUUCGGCGGCUUCACUCUAUCACGGUUCAUGAAAUAAAUGAACUAAUAAUAAUCAAAUGAAGCAUUCGAUCAUUAAAAGGGCUAAAUGAAGAAAAAGACAAAUAUACGGCAUCACCAGAUGUAUGUAGUGUAGUAAACGGACCGUGUUUAGCUGAGUGUUAGCGCUGUGGAGAGCCGCAUUGUUGGUGGCGCGUACGAGUGACCGGCAUGACUUGCAGUUCCUGUGUGGAUGUUACACGUUACAUGCAUACAUGUUCUCCGCUUGUUAAUAAAGCCAUUGAAGCGCAUCGUCCGACUCUCCUUAUCCACCAACGGCGGUUACGGUUGUACUCUACACUGGUCACUAGGUGUCAGUAAUGUUACCUUGAUGAGACAGUAGCCACCGUGCUGUCAAUGCUAACGUACGAGUCCAUCAUGUCUUAUUUAUGUCUUAUGUCCACUGCUUUGGGUAGUACAAAUAAAUGUGGCUACAGGGGUGCUACAGGGCUCUAAUAAUGCUAAAAAAAACCAUUUAGAAUUAUCCCGGUCGGGUCUGGAAUUCCAAAUAACAGCGCUAAACGAGGGACUACUGUAUCAUCAGCAAACCCACCACGUUUGUUUUCUACAAACCAAAGAUAACAAGUAUGAACAAAGUCUUCAUGGAGAGCAGCAGUAAACAAAUCGGGUAUUUUCUGUAAUCUAACCACUAAAUUGAAAUUAAUUUCAAUUCAGGUGAAUUGAAAUGAAUCUGUGGCGUAAGUUCUUUUAGGAGAUGAUGGUUAUGUGACAAUGUAAAUAUGUGCUUAUAUUUGGUUUUAUAUGUUGGAAUUUGCUUUGAGAGAGGUUUUAGUCGUGCAUGACAAAAGGAUCAUUCAUUCAUAUUCCAUUCAAAAUAUCACAAUAUGAAUGGGAAUUCUGGGAAUAAUUUUUUUUAUUUGAAUCGAUACUCAAUAUCAAGUCGUACAAUAAUGGUUUUGUCACUAUGUCUGACAUUAAAUCCAUCUGCUAUAUGUUUGUAAUAUUAUAUAAUUUUUUUUUUAUACCAAAACAUUCAUGGACUCAACCGAGACUUUUUUUGUUUUGUUUUUUUUUCUUCCAAUGAUUUAUUUAUUGUCCACUCAUACUGCAUAUAUAUCGCUCUUUUCCAUUCAAAGUAUGUUUUGGUAAAAUAUUGUUACUCUAUUAUUGUUAAAAUAUACUAUUAUUAGCAUAAUGUACAGGAAGUGACUUUACAAUUGAAGUUACUGAUGUUUUCCAUGCUUUGUCCAAAAUGUUAUAUACGUAUAUUUAGAAUGUUGUUGACAUGACGAUAAAGCAUCAGGACGUUGGGCGGGCAAAUAAACCCAUU